CCGCUUCGGGAGUUUGUUUACAAUAACAUGGACCUGGGUGCGUCCGGACUUCCAGUCCUCCACUAUCAUCAUCUCUACCUCCAGGACUCUCACAAUCUCUUAAUAUCGGUGACCUAAGUGCUGAUACAGAUACAAGUGCUGAGUAACUUAUAUAACCAUGGAAGAUCUUGGAAGUGGAACAUCUGAAGAGGAGUAUGACCAUGAAACAAGCAGCUCAGAUGGUGACUCUGAAGAAAGUGAUCUUUAUGGUGACUUGGAAGUUUCCCCGUUAAAAACAAAGCCAUUGGAAGUGUCUGACAAUAAUGAUGUAGAUGAUGCUGAUAUAUUUUUAGAACUUGGAAUGCCAAUAAACUCUCCUCGUGAAAACAAGGAAUGUGAGGCGCCGUGUUUAGCUGUGUCAAAAAGCCAUGAACAACAAAUCAGUAAACUUUGUGCGGGUGCAAGUAAUGAAGGUAAAAUUUUGCCUGAAAAUAAAUUAGAUAAAAAGAGUGAUAUUCACACUUGUACACAAAGUGGUGCAGAUGCAGUACCCACAAGAACUAGUAACACCUUGCUAAAUAAAAAUGAAUUGACAGAAAAUGUAGAGUCUGAAAAUAACAGCAUUUGUGAAAAUAAUGAAAACACUUCAGAAAUACAAUCAAGCGAGGAAAUUCAACCAAAUAUGAAAAAUGAUAAUUGUAUGCCUCCUAAUAGUGCAAAGAAAGAUUCUUUCCCAGGUAUUUCAACCAACAAAGAUGUGCAGUUCAUUCUUACCUGUAUUGCCCGCCAGCAAGGGAUUGAUUUAAAGAAAUCAUUAAAGGUAGUUAUGGACACUAUCUUGCCAGAUCAGAAUAAGACAGUAUGCCAGCCAAGUUCUUCUGUUAAUGACAGUGACUCACUGCACGUGCCCACACAUUCUCGACACCCUACACAUACUGGACCUCCGAUACAUACAGAACACCCAUCACAUGCAGUUCACCCCCCAACUGCAGUUCACCCCCCAACUGCAGUUCACCCCACACCUGCAGUAUACCCCCCACCUGCAGUACACCCCCCACCUGCAGUACACCCCCCACCUGCAGUACACCCCCCACCUGCAGUACACCCCCCACCUGCAGUACACCCCCCACCUGCAGUACACCCUCCACUUGCAGUACACUCCCUUCAUGCUGAACAUCCCACACAUGCAGAACACCCUACAUGGGCUGCACUCCCCACACCUGCAGAACAUCUCAUACGUGCAAAAGACCCCACACCUGCAGAAUAUCUUUCACAUGAUGAGCACUCCACAAACGUUGAAUAUCAUCUUGGUAGAUCAUGUGCUAGUGACUUCAUGAAUGUAAGCAGUGAGCAAAAUAAUGUUGAGCAACAUGUGUCUCUAAAGCAGACAAAAAAAACAAGACGAAAAAGUGAACCAAAGAGUAAAAUCAGUUCUCAAAUGGAUCUCUUUGAAGACUUUAUUGUUGGUAGAGACAGAGAUGAGCUGGUUGAAAAAAUUGCUAAGCAGAAUUUAGAGCAAGAAACCCUGAAGAAGCAAUUGGAUGAAUCUCAGAAGCGGUGCAGUGGCCUGGAGAAAGACAAUGCGACAUUGCUCGCCAACGUAUCAGCUCUGUGGAAAACGGCCAAAUUGCAACUGCGACAAAAAACUACUGAGAUAAGAUCACUACAGAGAGAGAAAGAAGCAAUCAUCUUUCGGAGGGCAAUGCGCCAGAUACCUAGAGAUGACCUAGACCUCAUUGUAUCUCGUGUUGCAGCAUACAACAAGGAGGAAUUUUCUGCUUUCAUGCAAAGCCUGCAGAAGGAGGAAAAGGAAUGUUCUUGCAGUAAGGGUGAAUCAACAUUUUCUAGAAAAGGAAAUAUUUCCAAGUGGAUUCAGCUUAGUGUAAGAGGGCAGCGUGUUAACUCACUCUCAGAUGAUGAUGCUCGCAACCUCCAGAGCAUGAUGGGAAAACAAGGUGAAAAGGUUACGUUCUCAGUUGAGAAAUUUAACAGGAAAAGGGCAAGAUUUUCAACAAUGAAAGAAGAUGAAGCCAAUGUGGAAAUUCAGAGUUCAUCUUUAAGUUUCAAGGAUAGUUCACAGACACGUAGCACCAAGACACUUGGAGGUAGGCUAAAAAUAACUUUAAAUAAUACAAAUGAUAUUUUGCAUGACAGGUUAAACACACACAAUGAAGAUGGAAAGGAGAGAAGAAGCGUGUUUUCUAGGUUAGGAAUCAGAAGGCCGUCUUUAAAUGUAAGUGGAAGGUGCACUGAAGGUGAUGUCACAGGUGCUGCUCAAAGUGGAAAUCAAAUAAAAAUUCUUGGUAAGAAAGAUAACGAUAAUAACACACGCCUGUUUACUUCUCAAGGAUUAUCGAGUGGUGGUAAAUUUGCCACAGCACAGUACAGUAAACUUAAAGACAACAAACAAGAAUCAUUAAUAGGGAAUGAUGGUGAUGUUGCAGGCAGUGUCUUAAAAGCAGGAGAGAGCUCACAGUCAUGUGUUCCAAGAGAAGAUAGAGCAGAUGUCAAUAUUAAGCUUUUAACAAAAUCGCAUACUAUUAAGAACCAUGCAGACAUAGAUUCUGGCAUUACCCCAAAAGAGACAACUUGGACAAAACCUGCAACAUGCACAGAGUCGCCAGAAGUGCCUGAUAAGCAAAACCAAUUUUUGAAAGUAGGCACGAUAAGUAAUUUUAUGGAAAGUGGAAAUUCCAGAGGCGUAGAUGAUGAUGAUGAUGAUGAUGAUGAUGAUGAAAUGUUGACAAAAUCACUUUUUGGUCAGAGAAUGGCAGCAAAAUUUAAAAACUCUAAAAAGCCACAAAUGAAAUCUGAAGGUCAGCCAAUCAGUUCAGGUUUAGAGCAGUCAACAGGUAAUUCUAGUUCUAAUUCUUCUGCUUCAUUUAAAUUAACAGAUAUUAAUACACAGGUAAAUAAUGAAUUGGAAGCCUCAGCUGUGCUUUCAAAUAUUGAAAAAAAAGAAAACAAAAGUGAAAUAGAUGAUGAUUUGCAGAAUGUUAACCCAGUUCAUGAGGAAAGUGUCAACAUCUGUCAGAAGAAUCCUGAAAUCAAGACUAAUCUGCCUGUUUUGGAUAAGCCUAAAUCACAACAUGAUAACCGUCACAUUACGUUGAGAGGGAAAGGUGGUAGCUCAGGUGUAGAGAAGAACAAAAUGCAAUUUAAAGAUAUUAGUACCAAAGAUCUAACUGUGGAAAUGGGCAUUAAUGCUCAGAAUGAUGGUGAAAAUCACAUAAAAGAGGGUAAUGAAAACACUGAGAAAAUUAAAGUGAAAGGUGUCAAUGACACAGAAUUGUCAUUUGUUGGAGGGAGUCAUGUUAUAUCGGAUGUGACAGAAACUCCGGACAGUGAAGUUGCUAACAUUAAAGAAUCUGAAGUAACAAGAAAAAUGGCAAAGGGCAAAGAGGUAAAUGGAACAAUUAGUGACAUGCUGUCACACCCCUGUAAAGAAAUCAAAGUGUUGAGUUCCAUCAAAGACCAUAGUGCAUCAGGUGAAAUACUCAAAGGUGAAUCAGAAGAUAAAGAUGGAACUACAGUUAGAAAAAGUUUAAGCAGACACAGCAGCAAAAUAUUAAUUAUAGAAAACAAUACAGAAACUGAAGGUAGUGGUAAAAUGCCAAAUUGUGAAGCAAGAAGUAAACAAAUAUCAAAGACAGACAACAAUACAAACUGUAUGAAAAACAAAACUAACUUAGAUACCAUAGAGACAAAGGAAAAAGAUAAAAGCAUUUGCAAAGUAGAACUCAAGGAUGAAAGGAGAAAUGCAAGAGAUGAAAAAAAGAAAGGAAAAUCACAAUAUAAAUGUAGAAGAACAAAGAAGUCUGAGGAGGAGGAGGAAGAGGAACAGAAGUUGAAUACCAUUCCAAGAAGAGACUUUGAGGCAAAACAAGGAGAGAGAGAUGAGUCAUCAAAAGAGAGGGCAAAAAAGAAAUGUUCAGAAGAGAAAGGAAAGAGAGGUAAGGAGUCAAGUGUUGAUGUAAAAGAAAUUAAAUCGAAAGACAAAGGAUGCAUAACAAAUUUAAGAGAGAGUGAAAAGAAAGAAAUUAAAUCAAAGGGCACAAGAAGACAAGAAACUAAUUCAAGGGAGAGAGAGAAAAAAGAAAUUAUAUCAGAGGAGGAAGAACAAAAAGAAAAGCCAAAGGAGAAUAAAAGAAAAGAAAUUGAUUCAAAGGGUAAGGAAAAGGAAAAUACAAACAAGUCAGUAGGAAGAGAAAUGGAUCCAAAAGAUCAAAGAAAAUCAGAAGUGCCAAAAGAAAAAGAAUGGGAAGAAAUUAAAACAAACGAGAUACCAAAAGAAAUGAAACCAAAUGGAGAAGGAAAUAAUCAAAUACUGUCGAAUUCAUCAGAUAAUGUGACACCCCAAGAGGAGAAAAGACAAGAUUUUGAGUCGAGAGUAAAAGAUGCAAGUGAAAGAGAGUUCAGUCAGAAAGAAACAAAUAAAAUAAAACUAAAAAUAAAAAAAGAGCGUGAGAAGUCUAAAAAGCCAGACAAAAGGUAUGGAAAGUCACGAGAUCGAAAAAUAAGCAAGGCAGAGUUACAAGACGAGGAGUUUGGGGAUAUAGAGGAGGUUAAUAAGAAAGAUAUUCCGUCAAAAGACGAAAGAGUAGCCAAGAAAGGACAAGAAGCAGACAUCAGUGACUCUUCUGAACUAAAAGACAAGAAAGAUGGACGAUUAAAAGCUAUCAUGUCAAAACAAAAACACAGAAAAGAUGAGCUAUCAGAUGAGAAAAAACAGAUUUUAAAUGUGAAAAACAAACACAAAUAUUUGAAGUCUCUUAAAAAUGAGAGAGUGAGAGAAAAUAUUGUAGAUGAGACAUUACAUAAGAUAGCUGGAGAAGGAGGGGCCCACAUUAGUGAAGAACAUGCCCAUAGUAGUGAAGAACAUGCCCAUGAUAGGGAAGAACAUGCCCAUGGUAGGGAAGAACAUGCCCACAGCAGUGAAGAUGAUGCUCACAGUAAUGAAGACCAUGCUCACAGUAAUGAAGAACAUCCCCAUAUUAGUGAAGAACAUGCCCAUAGUAGUGAAGAACAUGCCCACAGUAAUGAAGAACAUGCCCACAGUAAUGAAGAACAAGCCCACAGUAAUGAAGAACAUCCCCAUAUUAGUGAAAAACAUGCCCACAGUACUGAAGAACAUUCCCACAAAAAUGAAGAACAUUCAGAUGAAGAUCAUGCACAUGAAAGUGAAGAACAUUCAGAUGAAAGUGAAGAACAUUCAGAUGAAGAACAUCCACGAGAAAGUGACAAAAAUGUGCAUGCAAGCAAAGAACAUUUGCAUGCAAGUGAAAAACAUUCACAAGCAAUUAAUGAACAUUCCCAUGUAAGUGAAGAACAUUCACAUGCAAGUGAAGAUCAUUUGCAUGCAAGUGUAGAACAUUUUCAUGAAAGUGUAGAACAUUUGCAUGCAAGUAAAGAAUACUUGAAUACAAGUGAAGAAGAUGAACACGUAAGGGAAGAACAUGCAAUUGCCAGUGAAGAACAUGCUCAUGCAAGUGAAGAACAUGCACAAACUAGUACAGAACGCACACCCAGUAUUGAAAGACAUACACAUAAUGUGUCAGAAAACAGUAUGUAUGAUGAUGAUGCCUUAGAGAUUGAAGCACCUGAGUGGGAUAAUGAGACUUUUUCACUGAAUAGUGAAGAAUUUGAGAGGAAGAAUGAAGUUGCAGCAGCAGAGAGUGAAGAACUUGGAGAAGAUGGUGUUAGUGUCCAGAAACUAAGAAAAAUGGUACCUGCCAUAUCAAGUACACCGAAGGAAGGAAGUGACGGAGAAUCUUUGGGGCGUGAAAGAAGAAGGAAAGCUUACACUGCGUCUGAGAAUGUGUCAAAAGGAGCACAUAGUCAUACUGCAAAAGCUUAUGGUGAUUUACCCAGUGAUAAAUAUUUCAUGAAUGUCAAAGAUUGUGCUGAUAACAAAUCUGUUAGUUCUGAAAGUGAAUCACCUCAGAGUCAAAAAGUUGAUGAAGCAUUAGAAAACAAAAAGUGCAGUGAUGACAUAGGAGAUUCUCAAGUAGAGAGUGGCAUAAACAGCAAGAACAAGGAAAAUGAAGUAUUUUGCCAUGAACUUGGAGAGAACAUUGCAGAUGUCAUUCUUGAUGACAAAUGUGAAGAUAGUCUUUUUCCACAGGAAGAGGAGCUUUUGUAUGAUGAGGGAACUGAUGAAAGUGAGGAUGAUGAACCUUCUCAUGACAUUACUCUGAUACAAAAUAAGCAACAUGUUGGUGUAUCAGAGAAGGAAGGUGACAUACUUAGCAGGAACAGUGAGUAUAUUGAAGCUUUAACUUAUCACAACAUAAAUGUACACGAUGAAAGAGCAGAGAGAAGAUUAGGCAGUGAUAAUUUACAUAGCAAACAGGAAAAGGAGGAAAAAUUAUUAACUCUGGGCAUUAGUGAACAGCUAAGUAAGGAUGAUGGAAAGCGAAAAAGUGUUCACGAGAGAUUGUGCUUUAAAAGCAAAGGAGAGAGUUAUGAAAAAAAGAGUACCUCUCCUGUGAGAAUAUUGCCAAGAAGAGAUAAAGAUAAUGAUUACAAAGAAAAUGUACUUCAAAAUAGACAGAAAAGCAAUUCACCAAGACACGAAGAAGAAAAUUUAGACGUAAGAGAAAUAAACAAAAAGUGUGAAGAGAGAUGUAGUCCGUCACCCACAUGCAAUGAAAUAAGUGACAAAAGGGGUCGCUUGAGAAACAGCUCUCCUCAAAAGGAAUGCCAUUCUGGAAAACUAGGUGGUAGACUUAGAAAAAUAAGCCAGAGUUUUGACAAAAAGAAUAAUCUAGGGGAAGGUAUCAGUCCUUUGAUGUGUAGAGAAAAUAAAUUACUGACUCAGAAGAAUUUUAUACAAGAAGUUUCAAGAAAGAGAGUUAAAGGAAGCCCUGUCAAAAGCAGAACUUCUCAACUACAACGAGAAAGGACUGACAAUGCUGACAGGAGCAGCCUCCAUGAGCAAGAAGCUACAAUCUCCUUAAGAAGUGAAAAACCCCUUGAAUCACUUCACAAGCAUAGUGUUAGCCAGCAAACAACGAAAGAAGAUAGAUAUCAAUCAAGAAAAGGCGAAGGACUGUUGGAACAAACAACAUAUAGGGACCAAAAAGGCUGUUCACCUCAGAGCAAGGAUGAGAGAGACAUUCACAAGAGGAAAUGGCAGGAAAGUUCAGAUGAAAUGCCAAAUAAGAGGCAAAGAGUGUCAAUAAAGAGUCGCUUGACAAGGCCAUCUAACAGUUAUGAUCAAAAUAAAGAUUCUGUAAGGUCAAGGUUUUGUACAUCUUCACCAGAGCAAGAGAGUAGUAUGAGAGCAAGCUCCAGACAAAGAAUUCAAUCUGCUGAUAUAAGACAGAGAGACAAUUCUAUCAACAGUAUGCAAGAAAAAGAAACAUAUAAUGAGAGGAGGAGGAGGAGGAGAGGCUUAAGUGAGGGAGAUGAGUUAGGUGAAAAGUACCAUAGUAAGGAAACCUUGGAGGAUAAAGACAUAGUGAAAGGAAGUUCUACUAAAAUACCUGUUGAUACUAAAUUAUUGCAGAGAAUAUUGUCUCGAUCUCCUUCAAAAUGCUCUGUGGAUGAUGAUGAUGAUGAAAAAGAGGAUGGUGAAUUGGAUGAUGAGGAAUGUGAAGAAAAAGCAGCAGCAACUCCAAUUUCAAAAGUCAAGAAAUCAGUUAAAGGUCAUGCAAAUAUUUGUGUUUUGAAUAAUGAGGUGGAACUCAAACAGCAGAUAGCGAUAGUGGAGAAGCUCAAAGUUCACAAGCCAGAGAAUAAAUGUAACACUAGUAAAGCAGAGGAUAUUGAACCUAAGUAUCAAGAAGACUUGCACAAGGAAAAUGAUGGGCACAUAUCUGAAGUGAAGCAAAUUAGGUCAUCUAGGAGGUUAGCUAAAUUUAAGGAGGAUAAUUUAAGAAAACAAGAAACCAUGUCUGGUAAAACAAAGUGCAAUAAUAGUGACGGAGUGCUUAAUAAGGUCUUUGGAAAAGUUGAAAGUAAAAUAAAACAUAUGGCAAACUCCACAGAAGUUAUGAAAAAACAACUUCAAAAAAGAAAAUCGUAUGAUGCUAGAAGUGUCAUCGAAGAUGCUACAUUCUACCCAGCUGAUCUUUUCCAGGUUGUCCCACUCCAAACUAGUACUUACCAAACAACUUCAGCAUCAGGGAGUGAUGACACAAUUGAUAUGAUUGUACAACGACACAAUGAAAAAUAUGCCUCUGACAAUGAUAAUUCAAGUAAUGACUCUGAAAUGUCUCUCCUACAAUUUAUUUCUGAAGAGUCAGAAACUAACAUGGAGGAUAAUGAAAAAGAUGAAAGUAUAGAUAAUAUUUUUGAAGCAAAUGAAAAUGUAGAAAAUAAUUUUGAUAACCUUGAUUUCUGUAGCCAAGAAAAGAAUACUGAAAUAAAUGAUACACCAAAGACUAAAGUUUUACCUAAGAAGACUGUAGAUGUUUCCAAUAAAUCUAUCACUACAAGAUCAAAGGCCCAGUUGUCAAAAAUACGGCUGUCUGAGAAGGAUAAUGCUACUUGCAAUAGGAGAGAAAUUUAUGAUGCGUCUGCCAUAAUAGUUGAGAGUGAUUUGGCAUUAAGUGAUUCUGGAAGUAAUCCUAUUGCAAGUUCUGAUAAUACAGUACCUCAAGUCUCUGGUGGAAAAGAUGAGUUCUCUAAAUCAUCGCAUUUGGUAUUCACAGAUAGUUUGCUGGCUGCCAGCAAGUGUGAUGGUUCCAGGGAGGAGAUUUCCAGUAAUGAUAAUAUGGAAGAAAAAGAUCUUGGCAAUCAUAGUAGUGGUAAAGUUGAAAAUAAUGAUACAGAUUUUCUUUUAUACAGUCCUAAUCAAACGACUGUCAGUAAUGUUAGUCAACAUUCUGAUGACAUCCGGACUGACACAUUUGAAUCUAACAUUGCAAAUGUGAAAGUAGGUGUCAUGCAAGAUUCUGGUGCAGCAUCCUCACCCAGUACUGCUGAAGAGGUGAACCAUCUUGAACAGCAUGCAGAGACUUCAAGGCCCAGUGAUGGCAACUCCUCUAGCAGCUCCAGUAACUCUGAUUCUGACAGUGAUUGUCAGUGUAGCAAAUGUGGUAGUAGCAGCAGUAGCAGUAGUAGCAGCAGCAGUAGCUCAAGCUCAAGCUCUGACACUAAUUCAGUAGUUGAUAUCACGGAUAUUUCCGAUAUAGAUACUGACAUGAACCAAGAAAUGCUAAAUAAUAAAGAAGCCUCAACACCAGACUUAGUGGAAAAAUGUGAUGAAACCAUAAGCACAGUGGACUUUCCUUUGAAUGAUCCAUUGCCAAAUAUAAUUUCUGAUGAGCUGCCUGUUAGAGAUACUAGUGGACCAAAGUUGCCGCAGUCUUUGCUAAAGACUCCCAAAAAAUCCCCCCUUAAGACUCGCAAAUCACCAUGCAGGAAAACUCCACACAAGUCGCCAUGCAAGAAAACUCCACACAAGUCGCCAUGCAAGAAAACUUCACAUAAGUCGCCAUGUAGAAAAACUCCAUGCAAAAAAAACCCACACAAGUCACCGUGCAGGAAAACUCCACACAAGUCACCGUGCAGGAAAACUCCACACAAGUCGCCGUGCAAGAAAAUAGUAUAUCAAUCCCCAUCGUUCAAAAGUACUCCUAUUGAGUCACCUUCUAAAAGAACUCUUAAAGGCUCACACAAUGAUGCAAUCAAAAAAACAAAAAAGAUGCUAGAUGGUUUGCUGAACUCUGACUUGACUAAGGCAGUUGGAAAAAAAACUAAACCUCUGUCUGUUUCAGUUGUGAACACUGAGGAUGUAGAUAACUUUGGAAUUAGCCAAAGUAGACCUUCCAUUGCAAAGAAAAUGUCUGGAUGUUUCGAGUUAAAUGAUAUUGGGAUGGAAUUUGAGAGCAACAUACAGUUUAAUUCCCCAGUCUCCAGAAAUGCAGAUAAAAACAUUAUUCAAUCAGCUCCUGCUCAAAGUCAUUUGCUGGAAACUAAGAAAGAUCCAAUUAAUGUCACAGAUACUACAGUCAAUAAAUCAUCCAGCCAAAUUGUUAAUUCAAUCCAAAAUACAUUGCCGCCAUCUUCAAGCAAUUCUAAUUCAAUAAUACAAACUGUUGUUCAUCGUAGACGUAGAAGAACAGCAAAUAUUACAGCAAGCACUACUCAAGAAAGUAAGUUGUCGUGUAUCAAUGUUCAUAAUGUUAUCUCAGUUAUACAUAAUGAUAUGGAAGCUACAAGGUCUCCAAAAACUUUCACAAGGAAAGCCAAUUUCAAUGCAUCAAAAGAUACAAGCUCAUCAAGAAGGGCAAGUCCAAUUAUAUCAUCCAAUUCCAGUAAAGACAAAGAGACCUUUUCCCAGAAGCGACAGUUAUCAUCAGAGAGUUGCAUUACAGAGAGAGAAAAUACACCUGUAAAGAAAAUGAGAAUCUUAUCACCAGAAGUGUAUCACAAGGUUUCAAAUGUGGACGAGAGUGAAGAAAACAUUAAUAAGAGUCAAGACAAGUACUCAAGUCCAGCCGUUGCAUCAGGUUCCUCGGUGAAAGCAAAAGACAUGUGGUCUAUAACUGACACAUUAGCAGUUCCGGUCAAGAUCCGUCGAGCCAAAAGGCAAUUGCAUUUGGGAUUUUCAAGUUCAGCUGCACAAAAUGUUGUCAUAGUAACAGAAAAUAGUUCCAAUAAUAAAUUAGGUCCUUCACAAAAAGUUGCGUAUAAUUCAUCAAAAAUUUCACAGAACAGUUCAGAUAAAGUAUUAGAAAAGGUUGUUGUUCGUAGAAGUCCACGAAAGCAUUAAACUCUUUUUGGAACAAAAAGAGAAAUCAAAGCUUAGUGUAGAAGAGACUAUGAUAAUGCAGCAUAUUUUUUUAUAAUCAUAGUCGAUGCCAGGUCUCACUUAGAAUUUCUAUGGGUCAUUGAAUGACCGAGCAAUACUUAGCUACAUGACAUCUGGUAUAGCCACAUGAGUCUUGUUACUAUAAUUAAUUUGUUUAUACAGUGGCACCUCGAUUAAUGAGCAGCUCUAUCUACACGCAUUUCAAGUAAUGAGCGAGCCACUCGCAGAACAGUUGUCUCUACUAACAAGGUUUUCCUCGAUUAACGAGCAUUUCUGCUGGUUCUCAGACACCUUUUACAACAGUUUUGUUGUUUUUUCGCAAGAAGAGUUUUCCCACAUGAUGAGCUCGGUGCUGGGACGGAUUAAACUCGUUAAUCGAGGUGCCACUGUACUUAUAUAGCCAGGCAAGGAUGGGCCAUGAUGUUGAUAAUUUAAGUGAGCUCAUCAUCUCUUCUGACUUGCACAUGUAAAUAUGACACUAAUCCCAUUCAUAAAUAAAUGUACCACCGUUUCUUACCUCUAGAUGGGGGAUGGGCCCCUCUUUCCCCUAUUGUGCACCAAUACACUUCAUUAGGUGAAAGCCCCACCUCUGAUACAGCUUUACUGCUUGUGCCUAUGAUAUCUAUGCCCCUAAUAUAACAUGGAAGGUUCAAACCAUAUAUGUUUGAACGUGUUUGCAGAUAGUAUUUUUUUACUUGUUGUAUAUGUUUAUGAAGGAGAGGUAAUGGUGUGUAAUGUGGUACAACAGGAUUAGAAUUGAACUAUAGAGACUGACUUGUGAUAUACAGUACAGAAUUUUGUUUUAUAAAUGCAUUGUAAAUUGUAGUUUAGAGCAUUUAUGAAUUGAUUAUUGAAAAUAUAUUUUAUAUUAGUUUUUUACAGUUUUAGAAAAUUGCAGAUUACAAAAUUUCACAUAUAUUACUGUAUUCAAAUUCUACAAAAUUUGAAUAUUACAUUUAUAUUAUAUAUAUUAUCCUGUGAAAGUUUUAUGUACAUAAUAUAAAAUAGCAUAUUUUUCCCCUCGAAUGAUUUUUUCAGACAUCCUAUAUCAACUGUAAAUAUAAUGAAUAAUUUUGGUAAAAGGAAAAUAAAGCAUUUGCAUUCAUAA